AUGGACACUAAAACGCCAGUUACUUUGGCCAAAGUUAUUAAAGUGUUGGGCAGAACCGGUUCCAGAGGUGGUGUGACCCAGGUCAGAGUCGAGUUCUUGGAAGACACUUCCAGAACCAUCGUAAGAAACGUCAAGGGACCUGUCAGAGAAAACGACAUCUUGUGUUUGAUGGAGUCCGAGAGAGAAGCUAGAAGAUUGCGUUAA